CCGGUUGCGCCUGCGCACUCGCUGCCUCCGCGACCUGCCCGCCGCCGGUGCGCCAGCCGUCCCCUCCACGCACGUGUCCCUCCGUCCCUCACCAUGUACGCCUGUGCAAAGUUCCUCUCCACUCCUGCACUAGUGAGGAGGAGCCCACGGGUGCUGUGCCAGCCUCUCUCUGCCUCUGUGCUGAGCAGCCCUGAAGCCCGGACGGAGCAGGCACCAGCGGGCACCCACCGGGCCAUCCAGACGAGCGCAGCCCACCGGGACAUCGACACGGCCGCCAAGUUCAUCGGUGCCGGUGCUGCCACGGUGGGGGUGGCCGGUUCUGGCGCUGGCAUCGGCACCGUCUUUGGCAGCCUCAUCAUUGGCUAUGCGAGGAACCCUUCGCUCAAACAGCAGCUCUUCUCCUAUGCCAUCUUGGGCUUCGCCCUCUCCGAGGCCAUGGGGCUCUUCUGCCUCAUGGUGGCCUUCCUUAUCCUCUUUGCCAUGUGAUGGAGAUGGUGACAGUGACAGUGACAGAGCCCCGUUGUGCCCGGUGCCCUGGCAGGGGAGACCCCCGACCCUGGCCUUGCCGCAGGUGGGAGGGGAAUAAAGACGGUUUGCUAACGGGACCCA